AUGGCGAUACCAAAGGCAGGCGGCAAAAGGCUGCUGGGAGCCAAGCAAGCGACGAGCAACGAGCGGCGCGCGCCAGGCCGGGCCAGACCAGAAUUCAGUUUGACACAGCUCGCGCCACCAUAUCCACACAACAGUCCGGCUUGCUUCAAAUUUUCUGAUGCUCACUUACAGCAGCGAUGCUGUAAAACGUUAGUCCAGCGCCUGGGCCAGAUGCUAGCUAUUAGUUGGCUCCUCCAGGCGAAGAAACGCCCUGAGGACGGGCCGUUACAUAGCGACCCUGGCACCACAAGUCCCUGCACUGCAGAAACCUCCUGUCGCGUGGUGCUGCAUAUCGGCAUCGGGGGAUCCCUGCUACAAGAGCUCGGGGUCCUGAACGCCGCCCACGAACGUGUGAACGUGUCUGGUAUUCUCAUUCCGAACGUCGUUUCAAUCGUCUUCACAGUUGAUACUGGUUCGACGUUUCAUAAAUAG